UAGUGUUGCAAGUAUUUGUAAACAAAAGGAGUGUGUCUGGGAUUCAAUUGUGUGAAAAAAGUGACUGUUAUGCAAAUGUGAUAUUAUCAGUAGCGUCUGAAAUACCUAAUAGAGGUUGCCUUGACCUAGCCUAGACACUGUAAGGCAGCCUCAGUCAGCAGGCGCAGUGAGCAGCUGGCUGGCCGCACCAGCGAUGUCGUCGGCUGCACCCGCCGCGUCUGCGGCGCAUACAGCUUCCUUGCGCUGCUAAAAAUAUCGCGGGAGAUAUUUUUGAUCGAAAAAAAUGUAUAGACCUUGAAGUCGAGUGAUUGAGUGUUGUAGAUGUGUCGCGUCUCGUAUAAUUUCAAGGUCCUCGAUACAAAUACAGUGAAAAUACAAGUGGCAUGUGUGUAGGAACUGUUUAACUGGAACACUUGAGUGAAAAUUAGUUUCAUGUGGGACACACAGUGACCUUGACCUGGAUUUGCGUGUUUAUCUCGAAUAUUCAUCUAGAGUGGUGUUACACUGGCAGUUUAUAAUGAAUGGAAUCUCUUCAACUGUGCACUCGCCACAAACCAACACUGAAUAGCAUCAUUAUACCUUGACCUUGCCGUCCAUGUUAGAACACUUGCAUACAUCCUCAAUAUGUCGCUUGUCUUUAGAUUACUGAUAAAGCGAUAAUAAUCUUUAGGUUUAAAUUAUGUAAUAAGCACAUAAUAACAGUUUGACACAUAUUUUAAAAGACUUAAAUAAAAUAAUUAUGACAGAAUCCAUGUGAGAUCACAACAUCACCAAGUCUUUUUGACCUUUAGGUUUUGUACCUUUAAAGGAAUAAACUAUCAUACAGUAGCAACCUGACGGAACAACAACUGACACAUCAAAGUCCUUAUAGUCUGAUGUGGCCAAGAUAUAACUGAACUGUUGACCUGUGGUGGUAGUAUAAGAUGGUAUUGAUGGUGGCGCUGUCAGUGUGUAGAGCGUGCGUGGUCCGGCCAGCGGGGGCAGCGGGCGGGGGCCCCGGUGGCGGCAUGGCCUCGUUCGCGGCUUCGGCGGCGCUGCGCUCGCGCUGGGGGGACCUCAUCGACGCGGCGGCGCCCGACCCGCCCGACGUGGGCUCGUCCGUGCGCUCCGUCGUGGGCUGGCUCAAGCAGGCGUCGCUGGAGGUCCGCGCAGCCGGCAGUCGCGCCGUGAGCUCGCUGCGCGGCGCCGCGCCGCCGCCCGCAGACAUGCACCAGUCCGUGCUGCUGCUGCACUACAACGACGUCUACAACAUCGAGCAGACCUCCAACACGGAGCCGGUGGGCGGCGCGCUGCGCUUCAGCUCGGCCGUGAAGGCGCUGCAGCCGCGCCACCCGCUCGUGCUGUUCAGCGGCGACGCAUUCUCGCCCAGCAUGCUGAGCACGUACACGAAGGGCGAGCAGAUGGUGCCGGUGCUCAACGAGGUGGGCACGCACUGCGCCGUGUUCGGGAACCACGACUUUGACUUUGGGCUGGAGGAGCUGUCAGCUCGCGUGUCGCAGUGCAAGUUCCCGUGGCUGAUGUCCAACGUGCUGGACCGCGAGACGGGCCGCCCGCUGGGCGACGGCCGCAUCACGCACGCCGCCGCCGCCGCCGGACUCAGCCUCGGCUUCAUCGGGCUCGUCGAGCAGGAGUGGCUGGAGACGCUGGCCACCAUCAACCCGGAGGAGGUGACUUACAUCGACUUCGUGCAGGCCGGCAACCAGCUCGCGCACCAGCUCAAACAAGAGGGCUGCGCGGUGGUGAUCGCGCUGACGCACAUGCGCACGCGCAACGACGAGCGGCUGGCGGCCGCCUGCCCCGACAUCGACCUCAUCCUGGGCGGACACGACCACGUCUACGAGGUCAAGGAGGUGGCAGGCAAGCUGAUAGUGAAGAGUGGCACGGACUUCCGUCAGUUCUCGUGCAUCACGCUGUCGUUCCCAGCGGGGUCGGCGGCGGGCAGCAAGCCUGUCAUCACGGUGGAGCGUGUCGACGUCACCAGCGAUUACCCGGAGGAUCCCGUGUUGAAGCCUAUAUUGGACAAGUAUAACGCGAUGGUGGAAGGCAAGAUGGAGGAGGUGCUGGGCCGCUUCAGCGUGUCUCUGGAGGGGAGGUUCACGCACGUGCGGCGCGAGGAGACCAACCUGGGCAACUGGGUGUGUGACGUCAUCCUGGCCGCCACCAACGCCGACCUCGUCAUACUCAACUCGGGCACGUUCCGCUCGGACCGCGUCCACGAGGCCGGCGACUUCACGCUGCGAGACCUGUCCGCCGUCAUCCCCAUGCGCGACCCCCUGGUGGUGCUGGACGCCAGCGGGGAACAGAUCCUGGAGGCGCUCGAGAACGCCGUGAGCAAGUAUCCCAGCCUCGAGGGACGCUUCCCGCAGGUGGCGGGCGUGUCGUUCGCCUUCGACCCGUCGCGGGCGGCCGGGGCGCGCGUGCUGGAGCGCUCGGUGAAGGUGGGCGACGAGUACCUGGGCCGCGCCCAGCACUACCGCCUGGCCUGCAAGCUGUACCUGGCCGCCGGCAACGACGGCUACAGCGUGCUCAAGAAGUGCCCCGUGCUGGUGGACGAGGACAUGUGCCCGGAGGUGGGGCUGUGCAUCCAGAACCACUUCGCGGCCAUCAACGUGCGCACCGGCCGCGCCCGCCACAGCCGCCACCGGCAGUCGCUUGUCACGCUCAGCAGGCGCCACAGCCUGGUGAAGCUGCUGGAGGCCGCCGACCCCCCGCCCGCGCUGCGCCGCGCCGCCAGCCUCGCCGACCCCAACGCGCACCACGCGCCGCACAGGUUGACUCGCCGCGCGUCCCUUGAUGACCUGGAGCAGUCUUCGUGCGAGCUGGCGCCCCGGGUGGACGGGCGCAUCAUCGUGAUAGACUCUCCGGACAAGCUGGCGGCGCUGGAGGCGGAGCGUGCGCGCCACGAGGCCGACGCCGUCAUCCGGGAGGACGACGAGACUGGCCACUAGCGGGGGGGCUGCUUCUGAUCUGUCUGCUGUACGGCGUUCUGGGUAAAUGAGCCAGAGCACCGUUCUCUUUACACGUCUUGUACACAUGAAUGGGUAACUAUUAUUUCAGAACUGUGUAUCAUUGUAAUGAUCUGUAUAUUAUAAAAUCGGUAUCUUUGAUACAUCCCCACCAGCACAGAUAUUCACUCACGCUUAGCUCUGUUCGUAUCAAGUUGAGUGAAUCUUGACCCAACUUGAGUAUGGGAACAUACAAUCUUGACUUGUAGUCGGGACGUGACUAUAGCGCGACUUGUCGCGACUUGGCUGGUCAUUCUACAUGAUUCUAUAUAAAAGUCGCAACAUUUGCGUUGCGCCUCUAACAGUCUACCUCGAGCCAGUAUUGUGAGCCGUUGGAAACAAAUCCAUUCUCUGUCUUGCGAGAUGUUCGUUCGUGACAACCGAGACUAGUUAGUCUACGUACAUUAAAAUGGAAGUUCUAAAAUACACUAUUUUAUUUAUAUUUUUAUUAUACCUACUUUAUAUUAAUUUACUAAUGACGAACAUAUCUUUAGCAAUUACAUAAAUUGAUAAUAAAUCUCAAAUAGUUUUUACACAUCGUCUUUUCUUAAAAUCAACGAUAAACAAAAAAUAUGUUUUAUUAAUCUAGCAGUCUUGGUUGUCACGUGCGAUCUAUGAGAGGUGUAUAAAGUAUCAAUCUGCUUCUUUGCUGAACUAAAGACGUCUGUAACGACGCAGCAUCUAUGUAUUGUAUUCUCGUCACAAAAGACAUACCUAACUUAGAUUAUUAUAUUGGAUACGUCUCAAAUUUGCUUGAAACUACAUAUCAUCGAGAUCUGAACGCGCACUUAACGAAUAUUUGUUUAUUAGUAGUUUAAAGUUUUAUAAAAUGUACACACAGGGUGUCGGCUAGUAAAGAAUACAUAAUUAUCAUUGUCAUAGUGGGAGCUGAACAGUCGGUCUUUCCAUCUGGUCGUCUUAGGUACGAUUCCUGGGGGAACACUGUCAAGAAUCACUUUGUAAGACAGUUCCUAGAUUGGACAUUACAAGCAGAAUCCAUGUGAUCAAUCAUCCGAAAAAUGCAAUGAUUCCGUGCAUCGAAAGGCAGCUACUUUUUCUUAACCAAGUAGUCGUUAUAUGAGCCUGGGUUGCGUUUUGCUCUUCAAUAAUAACAAUGACGCCGGGACUCUGGUCGGUCAUCGACCUUACACCUCGCGAGACAGUCACCCGCUGUUCUUGUAUACCAUCGUCCAGUUCCCGACACCCUGUGUAUUGUAUACGUUUGCUAGCGAUAUAUAGAGCAUAUUUUGCACCUCAGUUACGAAGAGAGAUUAUUGCAAGAUCUUUAUGAUUAUUGUUGAAAAUUAUUUAUUUUUUAUGAUGGAUAUUAUUUAUUUUUAUGAGCAAUGUUACUCGGGUUUUGUUAGGCUAGUUGUAAGCAAUGUACGAAGUACGAGGAUAUCGUAAGCAAUGUCUAGUUUGUAAGAUGACGUCACACACACAUACAUAACCUCGCUAAUAUUACCUAUCCCCACUCCAGACCGGCCCUGUACGACAUUUCGAAAAGUUCAGUGCCUUCCUUAACAUUUGUAGUAAAUCUUCAAAGUACUAUUUUGUAGGCGACUGUGGCCGAAGAGACUGCGGUUGCCUUCAGAAAAGUAUCUCUAGGUCGGUAGCACUUUGGACAGGUUUUCGUACGAGUUAGGUUUAGUACGAACACUAGUCUAUGAGGACCAGCUGAGCUGGCGCCGUAUGCUCGCCCCCGUGUUAUGUGGAAAGUUGGGAUUUUUCAUUAUGUGUUCGUACGUGUACGCACGAAUCGAAUUCGUACGAAAACGCGUGCAGUGCGGCCGACCUCUGAUUUAGCCUCAGCCCCACGCCGUGACGAUCGUUCGAAUACCUCACCGCUGCAGCAACUGUAGUCUAUAAUAUUUAUACUGUACCUCCUGCAAGCCACGCCUCCGCUUCACUCACGACGGCCUUAUUAGCAGAGCAAUAAGAUUGCUUUUGCGGCACUUGUGCUAUGUUGUUGUCCCUUUCUUCUAGCGACUGUAGCUGUGUGCGAGAGCGAGAGGCAUAAUCGUGUAUUCAGUGUUGUGGAGCUUAUGAAGCUCAUAAUUAUUGCGAUGUUAUGUUUAUGUCUAUGAUAAAUCGAAUCUACAAUGAAUUAGGGCCGUGUCGUCCGCCGCCGCAUUGUGCAGACGGUUAUUUGUUUAUCUGUAGUUGUAUGUGUUAGUCUUCCAUUCGCUGUCGUAGUUAUGUUGUCUUCCUAUACAUCUUUAUUGUAGAAAUCAGAGUACAUUUUUUAGCUUGAACGGGUAUUCGGAUUCUCUAAAACUCUAAGAACGGUAUUUAUCCUCUACGAUAAUCUUAAAAGUAUGCACUGGGUGGCUUAACACGCGGCGGACGAGAGAAUUCAAGUAUCUUGUGUACGAUUAUUUUUCAACUAAACUAUACGUAACGAGAUAUCGAAUAGAUGUAAUACGUGUCGUGUAUGGGAGGUGACCACUCGCAACCGCCGUGGAACAUGUACAUACAUUUACGUCGAGCGAGUCACGGGCUUCAAUGUGUUGGCGAGCAAACGUCGGUCUGUGGUGGGGUGUCGAACAUAAUCUUAACACCUACAUGCUCAGCGUUGACUCGCCAAUAUAGUGGUGUCAAUAACUCGCUCAAUGUAAAUUAUACCUUAAGGUGAUGGCUGCGAGUAUGCUAGCAUUAUUAUAGUCAAAUUGGUACAGAACGUAUGCACGCGGUGUGGACCGGGACGCUGUGCAAUUAUUUCGACAGAUGUGUACACGUAUACUUCGGGUUAACUCUUUAACGUGGUACCAAAUAUCAUUAAAAAAAUAGUUCUAAUAGAUGGCAAAUAAGUAUAUGUAUACAAAAAUAACAAAAUAAUUGUAUCACGUGCGGACCUGGUCCAUACCGGACAACGCACACUCUAGGAAAUGUUUGAGAUGAGGGUUGUACGCGCGGUCCCGUGGUAGGACGCAGCCGCUGCUGCAGUGCUGUGCUAAUUGGAUCGCGGCGCCCGCCCGCGGGCAGUGGGAGCGAGACGGCGACACAAGUAUGUGGCUGUCUCGUCGUCACGCACUGUCGCUGUUUUUAAUUAUUUAAAUUAUGAACAAUCAAAUCAUCGCGGGUGUUUAACCGACCUUCAUUUUGAUGAUUAAAUAAAUGUAAUUUUGUGAAGUUUAAGGGCAGGCCCGAGGUACCGCGGUUUGAACAACACUGCUCUAAUGUACUCGUAAUAAGAGCGCUACUGUAACAGACAUAUUUCCUAAGAGUGUCACGAUGUUGAGAGACUGUAGAUAGUAACUGGUUAGACAGUGUACACUAGGAAACGAUAGAAUUUACACUUUAGAUAGCGGUUAUUAAAGUCAAGUGUACAGUGACCUCUGUCGAGACAUCAGACUCCAUAGAUCUGACUGUUUCUCUUGUAGAUGUCCGUUCUGAUAUUUGAGAGGUAAGGAAGGACACCACACACAUAUGUUACUGGUGACAAGUGCACUGUACAUGAAGAUGAAAGUAAUUGAAUAGAUAGUGACUGGUUACUAAGCCGACUGUACUGGUUACACGAGUGUACAUUAAGAUUGCGCAUGAGAGGGCUUGAGUGUGAGUAUCAAGUAGAAUAUUUAAUUGAUCUUAUGCUAUUGUAAUGUGACCACUUGUGAUAUAUUGAUUGUUUAUGUUGCUGAUUUGUUACAGAUGUGUAUUGUGUUUUGAAAUGUAUUAAAUAUUAUAGACAUGUAA